AAGAGGAUCAUGAUAAACUAUACACAGGUUUCAUAUUUCAUACUCUCUGCCUACUUUGACACUGGGCUUUUUAAAUAUUUAUUUUUCGUCAUUGCCAUGUCUUUAUAUAUUUUAAUUCUUUGUGCCAAUGUUUCUCUGAUAGUGAUUAUCUGUAUGAACAGACGUUUACAUGAACCUAUGUACCUGUUUCUGUGCAGCCUGUUUGUCAAUGAACUGUAUGGUAGUACAGUGUUGUUUCCAUCCCUUCUUGUUCAGAUCCUCUCUGACAUUCACACUAUUUCUACUUUUUUUUGUUUCCUGCAGAUUUUCUGUGGGUAUACAUAUGUAAAUGUACAAUUUUGGAAUUUAGCCAUCAUGUCUUAUGACAGAUACCUUGCUAUCUGUUAUCCUCUACAAUAUAACACACAUAUGACCUCAAAGAAGGUUGCUAUGCUCAUUGCUCCAAUAUGGUUAUUCCCAUUUAUUCAUGUUGCUGUCAUGAUAUCUCUGACUGCCUCUUUGCAGCUGUGUGGGAACAUUAUUAACAAAGUGUAUUGUGAUAACUACUUUAUUGUCAACCUGGCCUGCUCUGACACAACAGUCAACAACAUCUAUGGACUUGUUUACAUGUUUACCAUAAUUGCCGGUCUUGUAGCUUUAAUUCUUUAUACUUACAUCAGGAUUCUUAAAAUCUGUUUUUCUGGUUCUAAACAGACCAGACAAAAAGCUGUCAGUACCUGCACACCUCACCUUGCUUCUCUGUUCAGCUUUUCUUUUGGAGUUUUCUUUGAGGUGCUACAGAGCAGGUUUAAUAUGAGCAGUGUACCCAACAUGUUGCGAAUAUUUUUAUCAUUAUAUUUUCUUACAUGCCAGCCACUCUUCAACCCUGUACUCUAUGGACUGAGUUUGUCCAAAAUCCGUAUGGUAUGUAAAAGUCUGGUCUGUGGUAAAAUGUAA